AAAUUAUAAUUGAAAUGAGUGAAUCUGCAAAGAGUUCUUAUUGGACAGAGAUGGAACAGAAAAUUACAAAUGAGUUAGUGUUGCAAACAAUGAGGAAAUUUGGAUAGUUUGAACAUAAAAUAAAUGAUGGUACAAUAAUGAAUGAGUAUUGAAGUUAUUUAAUAAAUAAUUGAUUCAUAAGAAUUAAGUAAUAAGAAGGAUGUAGUAUUGGAUAAUGGAUCAAUGUAUAGUGGAGAGAUGAGAGAUAAUUAGAGAUGUGGAAGAGGUGUUUAGAUUUGGAAAGAUGGUUCAAUAUAUGAAGGGUAAUAGAUAUGAAAUAUAGAGAUAGAACAUGGUUAGAUGGUUAGGCAUUUGGUUUUGGUAGAUUAAUUCAUGCAGAUGGUGAUUUAUAUUAGGGAGAAUGGAAUGGAGAUAAAUCAAGUGGAUAUGGAGAGUAUUUUCAUUUGGAUGGAGCAGUUUAUAAAGGGGAGUGGAGAGAAGAUAAAUAGGAUGGUAAGGGGAUAGAGAAAUGGCCAGAUGGAGCAAUAUAUGAUGGAGAAUAUAAAUAAGGUAAGAAAGAUGGUAAAGGGAUGUUUAAAUGGAUGGAUGGUUCAGAGUAUAAUAAUAUAUAAAUGAAUAUAUAGAUACUAAGGAGAUUUCAGUUAGAAUGAUAUACAUGGAUAAGGUGUAUAUAAAUGGGCAGAUGGUAGAAUUUAUGAAGGAGAAUGGAAACAUAAUAAGAUGGAUGGAUAAGGUAAAUUUGUAUGGUCAGAUGGUAGAAAGUAUACAGGGAAUGUAAUUAAUAUGAUAAAGUUUAGUACAAAGAGGAUAAGAAAUAAGGAUAUGGUAUAUUUGAAUGGCCGGAUGGAAGAUCAUAUGAAGGAUUAUGGGAGAAUGGUAAAUAACAUGGAGAAGGAGUGUAUGUUCCAGCGAAUGGAAAGAGAAGAAGAGGAAUGUGGAUUGAAGGUAAGAGAACUAAAUGGAUAGAUGAGGAUUAGUGAAUUUGUAUGUUAUUUUAUAAUGGCU